ACUGCUCUGCUGUGUGAUUUGGCAUAUACUGCUACCUACUCUGCCCUUCAAAGGCAAAGUGCAACUAAGUAUGCCAACACUGAAACUGAGUAAAUGCCUUCAAAGCCUUGGUAUUGGGUUGGAUAUUGUAGUUACUGCAAUCGUGACAUUGCGACUUCUCUAAAACGGGACAUAUUUAGACCACACGGAUUUGUCACAAGAUGGAGGAGGUGUAAUGGACCAUUUUCAGACCAAACUCUAUUUUGACAAAAAUAUGUCGUUCUAGCACUUUGCCUUUGCAGGGCAGUAGUGGAAGUCUGUUAUAGUGCCUCUGCCAGGUCCCUCUGAGGGGCACGGGGGCAGUCAGUGCACUGGGAGGGCAGAAAAACACACCUCGUAGUCUGAAUAUAGAGAGGACGAAAAUAAAUCCAGGAGGAAACCUGGUAAAUGGAAAAUUGUUAUGGGCGCCAGGCCAUUUCAUUAGUGUGGGUGCCUUUUUGUCCCAGUCUGUUAUUGUGUGCAAUUACUUUUUGCUCAUUGUUGGCUCCACAAAGGAGGCUAGAUUGCUAUCCGUUGGUUUGUGUUAGAAGCUAGAGGAGGGAAGUUAUGAGGACAUUUUCAUGAUGUUUUCAGGGAGGCUUGGAAAAGAGCCAAUAACAGAAAGGGGACAUGCCUUGGCAGAGACGUGUGCCCUGCAAGUGCUGUGAAGUUAUGUUUUGGUUUGAGUAGGAAAAUAAAUAAUAUGACAAAUGUGGCAUGAAUACAAUUGUUAAAAAAAUAAUUCAUAUAUUGAUUAUGGACAUAUCUAAAAGAUGACACACUGGUUGAACACAUGAUUUGACAUUCACUACUACGCGGGCAAGGAGAAAAGACAUAGAGAAGCAUGGCCCUUUUAAAAAUAUCAUUUGAUUUACUUUCAUUUCAUGGUCAUGGCUGCAUGGGAGCCACAUGAGUGUGUGGAGUGGACACAUGAGUGAGCUAUGACUUCUCAUGUGUCCACCACUCUGCCAUUCAGCUGACCCACGCCUCUGCAGCUGAGUUCAGGAAGGAAAAAAACAGAGGAAAGAAAAAAAGGAAACCCCGCUGACCGAAUCGCCUUGUUUUGGACAUUUAAGCCAGUCUUUCUCACCCUGUCGUCCUCCUCGGAGGGUGUUGCUCUGUGGCUCCCUGUGUUGUUUGCCUGCUUCCAAGUCAAGACACCAGUGCUGCUCUCCUCUCCUCUCCUGUUCUGUUCUCUCCGCCACCUCCCCUUUCUCUCUCUCUCUCGCUCGGCGGCACUCCCCUCUCUCCCCCACCAUGGAGUACGCGUUGUUAGGGGGGUUCUUUCCUGGAGACUCGGUUGUGGACAUGAACUCAUUCUACAGCAUGCAUGAGGACGAUCAACAGUAUGAUGCGCGCUACAGGAUGGAGGCGUCAUGUCUGGAGCUGGCUCUGGAGGGGGAGCGGUUGUGUAAAGUAGGGGACUAUGGGGCGGGCGUCUCCUUCUUUGAGUCGGCCAUCCAGGUUGGCACGGAGGACCUGCAGAUCCUCAGCGCCAUCUACAGCCAGCUGGGCAACGCCUACUUUCACCUGCACGAUUACGCCAAGGCUCUGGAGUACCACAAACACGACCUCACACUCACGAGGACCAUCGGGGAUGAGUUGGGGGAAGCCAAGGCCAGCGGUAACCUUGGCAACACACUGAAGAUUCUGGGCCGGUUUGACGAGGCAGCCGUGUGUUGCCAGAGGCACCUUGAUAUCUCCAACGCACUCAACGACAAGGUGGGGCAAGCCAGAGCGCUGUAUAACUAUGGUAAUGUGUACCAUGCCAAAGGGAAGAGCAUAUGCUGGACAGGGAUGGACCCGGUGGAGUUUCCGGAAGAGGCGCGGAUAGCACUCAACAAAGCCAUCGAAUACUACGAUGCGAAUCUGACCAUAGUAAAAGAGCUAGGCGACCGGGCGGCCCAGGGUCGAACGUAUGGUAACCUAGGCAACACACACUACCUGCUGGGAAACUUCCAGAACGCUGUAUUGGCACAUGAACAGCGUCUCCUGAUCGCUAAGGAGUUUGGCGACAGAGCCGCGGAGAGGAGGGCUUACUGUAACCUUGGCAACGCCCAUAUUUUCCUGGGGCAGUUUGAGCUGGCUGCUGAGCAUUACAAACGCACGCUGCAGUUGUCGCGCUCUCUUCGUGACCGAGCGGUGGAGGCCCAGGCCUGCUACAGUCUGGGGAACACCUACACGCUCCUGCAGGACUACGGCCGCGCCAUAGACUACCACCUCAAGCACAUGCGCAUCGCACAGGACCUCAACGACAGGGUAGGGGAGGGCCGAGCGUGCUGGAGUCUGGGGAAUGCGUACACCGCGCUGGGAAACCAUGAGCAGGCCAUGCAGUUCGCACAGAGCCAUCUAGAGAUCUCCAGAGAGAUCGGGGAUGGUAGUGGAGAGCUGACUGCCAGGAUGAACAUCUCGGACCUCCAGCUGGUUCUGGGCCUGAAUGGCGGCGCCGGUGGCCAACUGCCCCCAGAGCUCUAUGGGCAGUACCAGGACAGCCUGCAUCAUGAUGGAACGCGGCCGAGAACGGGAAGGAGGCCGAGCAUGGAGAACAUGGAGCUGGUAAAACUCAGCCCGGAGAGCACUGAGCCGAGAGCGGAAGGCAGUGCGGGCACCACCCCCAGUAAGCCCACCAUGGCCAAGACCGCCUCGGGCCUCUUCUUCCUCCGACGCAUAAAGGGCCGCAAGCCCAAACGGAACGGCUCCGGCACUAAGGUCUUCCAAGACGGCACCUCGCCAAACAAUGCAGAUGACUCCAAGAACGGAGCAGACACUCUUGGAGACGAGGGAUUCUUCGACCUGCUGAGUCGUUUCCAAGGAAACCGUAUGGAUGACCAAAGGUGCUCCGUAAAGGAAAACACUUUCCCCACGCCCACCUCUACUUCCGCGUCCGAGCAGCCUGGGCCUUUCCUGGACCUGCUGGCCAGCUCUCAGUCUCGUCGGCUGGACGACCAGCGGGCGUCUGCGGGCAGCCUGCCGGGCCUCAGCCAGGCCAAGCUGAGCCAGAUCUUACCUGAGGGCGGAGAGCCAGAUGACGACUUCUUUGACAUGCUCGUCAAGUGCCAGGGUUCCAGGCUGGAUGACCAGAGGUGUGCAGCUCCGCCGCCAACCACCAGGGGGCCUACGGUGCCUGAUGAGGAUUUCCUCAACCUGGUGGUUCGGUCUCAGGGGAGCCGCAUCGACGAGCAGCGCGUAGUGGUGCCUCCCACGGGGCAGAAGCCAGACUGAAGCACUCCUCCUCAGGGAGCCGGAGCCAUAGGAGGAGGCCUUUGCCCCGGGGGCCCAGGGCCCUCGCAUAUUGUGACUUUAUAUGGAGGGCCCUGUCAGCGUCUUCCUCUGGUGUGCAAUGAUACCACCACUGCUCCUCCUCCCCCUCCUCCUCUUGCAUCUGCUCCUGCUCCUCUCUCCCCAAAGUGGUCUGUGUAGCAACCCAAUGUGUUAUAAAGGACAAUCAUAUUUUUGAAGGGACAAUCAUGCGCGACUCACAUGGGGUAGCUGUGGUACCGCAAAGCAUUGGUGAUGUUUGAAAAGUACAUCUGUGCAUGUGCGACUCAGAUCGGAUAGGGAGGGACUUAGAUUGGGUUGCUACAAUCUGGCAAGGCGCAAAGGAGGUACAGUAGGGCAGUCUAAAACAAGUCCAUGCCCAUCCUCUGGGGGGCAGUCAACAUGUUCAGUCUGUGUCAACCAAUCACAGUUCCACCACGGAGUGGUCGUGACCAGCCCUACUGUGAGGACCUGAGAGCUGCCGUUCCCUCUUGACCAUCUGAGGCACCACCUCUGCUGCUCCUGUCUCCCAGCUGUUGUUCUGCAUACCCUGUGUCUCAGCCAUUUUGGUUCCGGCAUUCUGGCUGCCCUCUGGUUCUGGUAUUCUGGCUGCCCAUUGGCUCUGGCAUUCUGGCUGCCCAUUGGUUCUGGCAUUCGGGCCGCCCAUCGGAUGAACUCCUCUUGCAGUGUUAUCAAAGUGUUAUGGUGAUCACAGAGGAUUGGCCCGCACACCAAGAACACUAAACAUACUGUUGUUGACCAGCUCAGAUUUUAUUUUUAUAUGCUAUGAUGAUGAGGUCAAUUUUACUCUCUACUUUUUAUUAUUUGAUCGUGGUUUUAUUUGAAUGCAGUAUCUUUUGUAUACCAGGUUGUAUUCCUCACCUCGGACCAGCACGACGCAUUCCCAAAAAGAACAAUUUACAGUUUUUUUUAUAACGGAGGGAAUGGUGAAAAGAACAAAUGUAUAAGAAAAAAAAUGUUUGUCUUUUGUGUUGAUGAUUUUUAUACAAUGUGUAAUGCUGUUGAGGAAGGAUUAAAGCCUCAUUUUAUGAAAUGGA